AUGGCCAGGUCAUAUUUGCAACCGAAGCAAAAUGACGGGCGAGAACACCAGUCACUCCCCAGCCCCGUCCUUGUCGUCGGCGGAUGUGGGUUUCUUGGUUCACACCUAGUCAAAGCCCUCCUCAGCGAUCAAUCGACUGAUACUGCCCAAUAUCAAGUACACGCCCUCGAUAUCCGGACAGACCGCAACCGAGUCCAAGGCGCCGCUUAUCAUAGCUGCGACAUCACGUCUGCAGAUCAGGUCAAAUCAGUCUUCCUCGCGACCAAGCCAAAGGUUGUCUUUCACGUUGCGUCUCCGGACCCUCUAUCUCACAACAAUGCCCUCUUCCAGCAGGUCAACGUCAAGGGCACACAGAACCUGCUUGAAGCGGCAAAAGCCGUCCAUACACAGGCAUUCAUAUAUACAUCCUCAUUCUCCGCCGUCCACAACCACACAGAUGACAUACGGGAUGCCGAUGAGAGCCUGCCUGUCCUCAGGUACCCAGCACAACAAGACACAUAUACCCUGACCAAGGUUGCGGCCGAGGACAAGCUCCGUGCUGCCAACCGGGCGGAUGACUCGUCCUUGUUAACAGCAAUCAUCCGUCCAGCAGUUGUCUUUGGCGAAGGGGACUUCCAGAACUUCUGGUCUCUUGUCCAGAGGGCCCGAUCUGGGCGGGCCAACUUCCAGAUCGGAGACGGUACCAACCUCUACUCGUACACAUACGUCGGCAAUCUUGUCGAUGCCCACCUGCUUGCGGCCGAAGCACUGGUUCGUGCUCAUGGGAAACCGCCGCCGCCGGCUGAGUCACGUGUAGACGGCGAGGCAUUCUUCAUCACCAAUGACGAGGACUGGCCGUUCUGGGAUUAUCAACGAGCCGGCGCUGCUUCGGUGGGGUAUCCCGUCAGGAAGGAUGAUAUCAAGGUUAUCCCGAUGUGGUUGGCCCUUGUUGUGGGUUUGGUGGUCGAAUGGGUAGUCUGGCUUAUAUCCCUCGGGAAGAGACACUCGGUUCUGAGCCGGCAGGCUGUGCGGUAUAGCUGUAUCAACCGGACCUUGAGAUGCGACAAGGCCAAGAGGGUCCUUGGGUAUAGACCGAAAGUGUCUAUGGCCGAAGCGAUUGGGAAUACGGGUGCCUGGUUCGUCCAGGAGUUCCCCGAGGCCGGAAAGACUCAGAAGACUGUCUAG